CUCCAUCCACGUCUAUCGCAUCAAUUUUCCACCUCGAAGAAUCCGGAAUCUAUUUCAGAAACUCUUCGGCUCUCAUUUCCCGCGCCGUAUAUCGAUAUUCAGACCGUAUUUGGAUUGGGAACACUCGGGACUGACGUUUAUCGCGGCAUUUUGCCACUCAUCAGAUCUUAACUUCGAAACUCUGCAACCAUGGGUAAAGUUCACGGAUCCCUCGCUCGUGCCGGUAAGGUCAAGGCCGCCACUCCUAAGGUUGAGCCCCAGGAGAAGAGAAAGCAGCCCAAGGGCCGUGCCAAGAAGAGAAUAGUCUACACCCGCCGUUUCGUCAACGUCACCAUGACCGGCGGUAAGAGAAAGAUGAACCCCAACCCCGGCUCAUAAACGGCUCGCUCCUGCAAUAUCUGAAAUCGUCGCGAUAUGUUGAUCGAUGGAGGAGAAUGAUGGCGGUUAUGAUGUGCAUGGUGACUUGAUAUCGGGGGCGGAAAUACCGGAGUCCGGAAAUACUCCAUUUUUCUCUUUUCCUUGUUGUUUGUUCUCCGGAGGGUGAAGCAGCAAUAGAGUUACAUGAAUGCUUUUUU